GGAGGUGGGGGCAGGUUAGUGUGGAGUGAGGUGUUGGUGGGGCCGUACACCCUCCUUGCUGCCCCUCACCACGCUCACCACACAUGAACUACUGUUUUGUUGUGUAAAAGAGGCUGAAAAUGGCAAACACACAUACACACACACACACACACACACACACACACACACAGAGAGAGAGACACAGAGAUAGAUAGAUAGAGAGAGAGAGAGAGAGAGAGAGAGAGAGAGAGAGAGAGAGAGAGAGAGAGAGAGAGAGAGAGAGAGAGAGAGAGACCAAGUACCAACACAAACACCACCAACAACUUCAUCACUACUACCACUACCACCACCACCACCACUACCACUACCACAUCAUUUCCAUAUUCAAUACCACACCCACCUCCACCGCCACCCUAUCCUCCCCACCACAGCAUCUCCAUCAUCACCACCUCCACCGCCGCCUCCACUCUCCGCCCCACCUGUCACGUGACCUGGUGGGUGGUGGGUGGGUAUAUAAAGGCGGGCGUUGUGCAAUGAGCCUCACUGCUCCUGCCGCUAUCUUGAUUUUUGCCGUGGCACAAUCAGCACUCGCAAAUUCCUCAACAUGCGUGAGUGUAUCAGCGUGCACGUGGGGCAGGCUGGCGUGCAGAUGGGUAAUGCAUGUUGGGAGCUGUAUUGCCUGGAGCACGGCAUUCAACCCGAUGGGACCAUGCCCUCUGAUAAAUACGUGGGAGGCAGCGAUGACUCCUUCAAUACCUUCUUCAGCGAGACAGGGAGCGGCAAGCACGUCCCCAGAGCAGUGUUUGUGGACCUGGAGCCCUCGGUGGUGGACGAGGUGCGCAUUGGGGUGUACCGGUAUCUGUUCCACCCUGAGCAGCUCAUCACGGGCAAGGAGGACGCCGCCAACAACUACGCCCGUGGCCACUACACCAUCGGGAAGGAGAUCGUAGAUCUGGUUCUCGACCGGAUUCGAAAACUAGCAGACCAAUGCACAGGAUUACAGGGUUUCCUCAUCUUCCACUCUUUCGGGGGCGGCACCGGGUCGGGCUUCACCUCCCUGCUCAUGGAAAGGCUCUCGGUGGACUACGGCAAGAAGAGUAAGUUGGAGUUCGCCAUCUAUCCCGCCCCACAGGUAGCAACGGCUGUGGUGGAACCUUACAACUCCAUCCUUACCACCCACACCACGCUCGAACACUCCGACUGCGCCUUCAUGGUGGACAACGAGGCCAUCUAUGACAUUUGCCGGAGGAAUCUGGACAUCGAGCGGCCCACCUACACCAACUUAAACCGCCUCAUCGGCCAGAUCGUGUCCUCCAUCACCGCUUCCCUCAGGUUCGACGGUGCCUUGAAUGUGGAUCUCACGGAGUUCCAGACCAACUUGGUGCCGUACCCACGCAUCCACUUCCCGCUGGUGACCUAUGCGCCGGUCAUCUCCGCCGAAAAAGCCUACCACGAACAACUCUCUGUCGCCGAAAUCACAAACGCGUGCUUUGAGCCUGCCAAUCAGAUGGUGAAAUGCGACCCACGCCACGGCAAGUACAUGGCCUGCUGUUUGCUCUUCCGCGGCGACGUGGUGCCCAAAGACGUGAACGCCGCCAUCGCCUCUAUCAAGACAAAACGAACCAUUCAGUUCGUGGACUGGUGUCCCACGGGUUUCAAAGUGGGCAUCAACUAUCAGCCUCCCACGUCCGUGCCAGGUGGUGACCUGGCCAAGGUGUCCCGCGCCGUGUGCAUGCUGUCCAACACCACAGCCAUUGCUGAGGCCUGGGCUCGCCUCGACCAUAAGUUUGACUUAAUGUACGCCAAACGUGCCUUCGUGCACUGGUAUGUAGGUGAGGGCAUGGAGGAGGGAGAGUUCACAGAGGCGCGCGAAGACUUGGCCGCUCUCGAGAAGGACUACGAAGAGGUUGGGAUGGACUCAGCAGAGGAGGAAGUAGACGAUAACGAGUACUAGAGAGCGGACGAGCCGUGAAACCUCCUCUGUGAUGCGACCACACUGAAAAAAUUACCCUUGCCUUACCUUGCCAUUCACCCAGCCACCCGCCUCACCUGCUUUUAAUAUCAAUAAUGCUGAUGUUGGUGUUAUAACGACGUCCAGUAAGCACUGUUCACGGCGCCUAGGGUGUGACUUGACUGCUCUUGCCAAUACAACUCCAAGAAUUAUUGUUAGUGUGUGUGUGUGUCUGUCAUUGCUGUUCAUGCUCUGUCUGCUCCUUCAAGGUCGAGGCAUGUACAAGAGUAAAAUACAUCAUGAUAUUAUAGAUUACAA